AUGGCUCACCAUCUUACCAAGCAACAGCUCGCCGAAUACAAAGAGGCCUUCUCAUUGUUUGACAGGAAUGGAGAAGGGGCCAUUGAUACAUCGGAGGUGGGAACGGUCCUGCGGUCCCUCGGACUCAACCCCACUGAAGCUGAGCUCCAGGACAUCAUUGCUGAACUGGAUGCCAAUGGCAGUGGCCGCGUCAACUAUCCAGACUUCCUCUCCCUAGUAGCUACAAGGAAGAAAGACUUUGAAACUGAGGAGGAGAUCCGAGAGGCUUUCCAAGUCUUUGACAAGAAUGGGAACGGGUACGUCGGCGUGGCGGAACUGCGGCAUGUCAUGACCAACCUGGGUGAGAAGUUGACAGAUGAAGAAGUGGAUGAGAUGAUCAAAGAAGCCGAUCUGGACAGAGAUGGGAAAGUCAACUACCAAGAGUUUCUUCGGGUGAUGAUGGACAAAUCUGGCUCCAACAGAAGCCCAACUUGGGUGUUCCCUGCUUCUUUCCCCAAAGAUCAGCUCAUCCCCAGGCAAAGGGCCAAAGGAGACACCUUUACAUUUUUGGCAACCCACAAAAAAGACAAGAAAAAGGAAAGAGAAGUCAUUUCUUCAUUUUGUAUCCGAGAGAGCAGCCAGGCUUUCUUAGUGCAGUCGGAGAAUUGCCAAACCACCACCAACAACAACAGUGAAACCAUGGCUUCCCAUCCGUUUUCAGAAGAAGAGAUAGCUGAAUUCAAGGAAGCCUUCCUGCUCUUUGACAAAGAUGGAGAUGGUGCCAUCAGCACCCAAGAACUAGGGACUGUCAUGAGGUCCAUUGGGCAAAAUCCAACAGAAGCUGAGUUACAGGAGAUGAUCAAGAAGUUGGACACCAACAAAGAUGGAAUGGUUGACUUCCCGGAGUUCCUCACUUUGCUGGGUGCGAGGAUGAAGAGCGCAGAUAGCGAGGAAGAGAUCCGGAAGGCCUUCCAGGUGUUUGACCGGGAUGGCAAUGGUUAUGUCAGCGCGGCGGAGCUGCGGCACAUCAUGACCAAGCUUGGUGAGAAGUUGACGGAUGAAGAAGUAGAAGACAUGAUCAAGGAGGCUGAUGUGGAUGGAGAUGGGCAAGUCAACUAUGAAGAAUUUAUCCGGAUCAUGUCUUGCAAGUAGAGACCUCUUCCAUGGAGGGACUUGGUUCUGUAUCCUACAGAUCACACCCAAUCUCUUGCUUUCAUGUAUGGGCGUGUUCUCUGCAAAUGCAUGGGUAUGGUGGGCUAAUGAACAAAACCAGAUGGAGAUAAUGACUGGUGAAGACUAGCAUUAAUUCCUUGGUGGGAAGAACUGGGACUUCGGAUAUCUGGUGUUAUUUUUCUCUGCAAUCUAGAGGGAACUGUUGCUUUACAAUGGAAACUUUUGCAUUCUCAGUUCCAGUACAACAAUACAAUGUGGAGGAACUUGAGAUAAUCUACAAUGGUGAUGGACAGAAGGUAGAUUGGAACCCCCUGGGACAUAUUUUGGGUGGGCUGUAGAACAUUACUAAGGGCUGUGACUUUUUCUGCUCUAAUGGGUUAUUUCAGCCUCAACA